GUGUGCACAAGAAGAGCUAGAGAAAUUAGUUCACCUUUUCACCACUAAGUUACGAUAGUAUUUCAUAAAUCUCACAAUAAUUUCAUGAAAACGAGAUUAUCAUAACGAUGAAAAAGGAUAUCGUGAUAUCACUAAAAAUAUGUUUUCUUCAAAUGCAUAAUCGUUAUCGGGCAUUGUUCGUCAAACUGUAUCUGAAUAGUGGCAACCUGUCGUGAUAUACAUAAUGAGGAUCGAAUGAUUUUCUUAUUAUUACUGUAUAUGAAUCUUUCAGAAGUCAGAUUGAUCAACUCUGUUUCUUGUUGAUUUCCUAUUUCCAUUACAUAAGUAAUCAAUGUUUAAUUUUCAAAAAAUAAAUGUAAAUAAAUUCUAAGGUGAACUUAGAAGGCAGUAGUAUCUGUAAUAUCAUCGGUAGACUGCGAAUUUUGAUCCACUUAAAGAAAAUUUAAAACUAUAAAAAUGCACAAAAUAUAUAUAAUAUAAAAAUAUAUAUAUAUACAAUAUUCAAAAUAUGAUACUCGUUGUAAUACUUAGCGAAUGAAACAAAUCUCUACUUAGGUUACACUUUAUUAGUUGUGUUAGUAGACUAAUCGUUACUUUUCUGUGCCUUUCUACUUAUACAGUUGAUCAAUGUGGUUUCUGAAGGGUUUAUAUAUCAAUGUAUAUGUAGGUCCCUGCAGAAGUGCAGAAAACGAAUGAUGGCGGUGCUGAGGGGUGAGAACGUCGAGGUGCUGCUUCCACCCAUAUAGAUCUAGCCUACAAAUGUAUACAGUAUUUGACUCUGGUCAUGGGUUAAGAUUUCAUUUAACUAGUUACAGAAAAUCUCAAGUAUCUUUUUUCUUGAUAGAAGACAAAUGAGAUACGAAUACCCACACAUAUUUUUUACAUAUUUGUUUAUUUUACGUAUAUGUCUAAGACCAAAGGCAUGGAAUCAGUUUAAAGAACUAGUGGGGAUAGCGAUGGCCAGUUAACAAAGCAAAAUCCCGGCCAGUUAACGCAACACUAUUUUAUUGCCAUAUGCAACCCUAGCUAUUACUUAUGAGUGAAGAUGAAUAUGAUACUCAUCUUUGCUCGUUGGCAGAAGAUAUUACUCUGAAGUUCUGGGACACGCGAAAAAUGCCGUUUAUUGUUUGUUUUGCUAUUUACAACUUUUACAGUAUCUUACAUCACCGAACGAUGCAUUAUCGAUUGCUUUAUCGUGUCUCACGAUUACCACGUGUUUGAAAAUGUUAGAAUUUUGCAGAUGAUAACGAAACUUGUAAUUAUUUAUUAUUUAAAUUAUAUCUAUAAUUAUUUAUUAUUUUAUUUAAAGUGAUUAUUAAAUUACAGGUUGUAAGUUUCGAGCGAUUAUUAUGAAUUUUUAUUCAGAGAGUUUAAAUUCUCUGUUUUUAUAUACAUAUCUGUUUUGGUAUCUAUUACAUGCAAAAAAAGUUUUUAAGAGUUUCCAAUGUGUAAAUAAGAUCUUGAAUUGUACGUAGACAAUUUUUCCAAAUUUUCAAAUAUAUAUCUUAUAGAAACUAUAAAAUUAUUUGAAAAUUUGUAGAAAAAGGGGUCAAAUACCCAUUAUCAGUGGGCGUGCAUCACUAUUCACGUAUCCAUUAUAUGCAAAGAUAGCUCUUAAAAAUGUUUAAUGCUUAAAUAAGAUUCUACAUAAACAAAUUUUUCAAAUUUUCAAACAUAUUUCUUAUAGAAAUAAUAAAAUUAUUUGAAAAUUUGUAGGAGAAAGGGUCAAAUAUCCAUUGUGAGUGCAUACACGUAUGUGCAUCACUACCCCUACACACUUACGUCACAGUUACCUUAUAUGCAGGCUGGUGCACCCUUACCACGUAGCAGCGCGUGCAGCAGCAGCAGCAGCAGCAGCCCGUCCUCUUUUCUAUGUGUACGUAUCAUCCUUAGUGGAGGGGGUGAGAUUGGUGCCAUUUCAGUGACGUCAGAGCCGAUCGUCAGGCGCAAACUGGGGGUUUGCGCCCACCAUACUACGUCAGAAUGACGAGCCGAUAAACUACCUAUCAGGUUUUUCUGCGGCGGGCAGGCCAACGGUCUUAGGUGAAGUAACCGUAAAGAAAGAAAAAUAUGAAGGAGGGUACUAAGGUGGUGGUCGGUGAAGCACGUUCUGGAUUCUGGUUUCCAGGUGGCCGCCGUUGGUUUGGCCGACGAUGGCGAACUCGGCGGGGACGACGGUCGACGGCAUCGACGUCUGCGAGAAUGAUGGUACGACAGGUGUAACCGGUGGCGGGCCUAGGAAUCCUCUCAUCUGCGGUGUCUGUCAUGACUAUUACAACGAGCCUUGUCUGCUGUCCUGCUUUCACACCUUUUGUGCUCGCUGCAUCCGUGGCCCUCAUCUUGAGGGAAAAGUCUCCUGUCCCAUCUGCGGGCAACAGACACAGUUGAAAGAUGGAGCACAACAACCACCACCUGAUCAGCUGAUACGUCAGCUAGUUGAGUUGGCAAACUCUGAGAAUCCACCUUGUGCCAACUGUGAUAAACGGGACAAGUCUACUAUGUUUUUUUGUACAACAUGUGGACAAGCUUUGUGUACACACUGCAGAGAGAAUACCCACCGUGCAAAGAUGUUCUCCACACACGAGGUGUUACAUAUGAGCAAAUGCACCAAAGAUACACAACGUCGUUGCCCGACCCACGGAGAACAAUACAUAAUGUAUAGUCAAAGUGCCAAGUGCAUGCUCUGCGCUACUUGUUUUCGUGACACUCCUGCGGAUGCCAGGCUUCACUGCAUUGAUAUUGAAAGUGCGUGGCAACAGGCUUCGAAGAAGAUGGAACGAGCUGUUAAUUCCAUUUGUGAGCUGCAAGCUGGCGUGCGAGACGGAGUGUUGGCUUUAAAAUCACAAUUGGAUGAACUACGACAUAGUUUGGAUUCCGAAAAAAGGACAUUGAAUUCUUUCUGUCAGGGAAUGCAGGAGGCUAUAACGAAGACGCACGGAAGUACUCUGACAGAAUUGCAGCGACAGUUUGAAACGAAGGAAAGGAUGGUUCGAAGCCAAUUGCUUUCAUUAGGUAGCGCACUUCCUGUGCUGCAGAUGCAUUUAAUGCUAUGCACUGCCUUUACUAGCGGUGCGACGAAAUAUCAAUUUCUCGAGCUAGCCCAUCCGAUGUUGGAACGACUAAGUCGAGUCGCGCAAUUAGGAUAUCCAUCGAGGCCACCUCUGCUGACUGCACAUCUGAAGACUAAUUAUAAGAAUGAAUUUGCUCGCGCACUGCAACCGUACGUUGGUCAGUCCCAGAAGGAAUCAUUAUAUGAUCAAACUCACACGACGGCACAACAGGAUCCGCCAGUGAUUCAGAGCAGCAAGUCUGCUCAGAGGAUUCCAACCAAGAGCGGGACCGACGGUGGACCGUUUUCCAGUCACUGUCGAACAUUUGAUAGUCAGCUGAAGGAAUUGAAUCAGCAGUUGCUCACUGUGAAGGAACGUUUAGAAGAAUUACAUCGUGAUGUGGCAGUUUUGAGAAGAGCUAACACACCUCCGUUGGGCAUACGUUAUGAACAGGUGGCGAGGGAUUGUCGGGUGCUAGAGCAACAAUUAGAGCAUUAUCAGAUGGAACUAGAACGUCUUAGAAACGUGUUCGAUACACUUUGGGAUGAACAGUUAUGUAGAAUUCACAUAGAAAAAGAAAUAUUCCAUUCUCAGAUGAACGAUAUCCUAUCAUUGAGAAGUCAGGUAAAACAAUUGCAGAAUCUUGCUCAACAAUUAGAACCGUAUAUAAAAUCUUUCGCAACCGGAGUUAGUGCUGGUGAAGUAAGCAUGAUAGCCUCUGAUGCAACCAGUAAUCAACAUCUGCAGGCGUUACUGGAUCACUUGGCACGUUUACAAAUGCAGGAACCACCGCAAACGCAAACCCAAGCCCCGACCAAGGAUCAUCGACAUUCGCGUACUACCGCAACUAGUACAGAUAAUGCGCUUUACAUGAAAGAAACGAAGGAGGUACCAACACGUUGCCGUACUCCUUCCGCUGAUGUCGAAGCUGUCCUGGAUUCGAGUGGAAACAUUAUUGUCUAUGGAACGGCCAAGUCAACGGACUCGAAAAGAGGAAUGCUUAGCCAAUUGAUCGAAAAAGCUAGAAGUAAAGAAGAUCGUAAGAAAUCGCCAGGAAGAGAGGAAAGUCGUGAUCGCAGUCAGAGCCGACGACCGAGGAAGUCUCCUGAUAGUACGAAGCCUAAAACACCGCCUGGUCACUGGUCUGCCAGCAAAGUACGAUCUUUGUAUCGAUCUCUGAAGGGUGGCAGUGGAGAUAAUUCUGCCGAGGGACUCGAUCAACCAGAAAGAUGCACGGAUUCCCAGCAACCACAGUCGCAUACGACUGCAGGGGAAGAAGGAGAAUAUCAACGAAUUUCGGAGGCGUCCAGCACGGGAGAGGUGAAGAAGCGAGUUCAGGCUCAGGUGCACGCGGUUCCUGACGAGCAAUCGAUUCCUGCAGGCAAGGGAACCAAGGUGUAUCCGGCUAGUGACUCGGAGGAUGUGUUCUACGCGGAUGAGAAGGCCUCGACGGAGGUGAGGAGACGUCGACGUGCGAGCUGUGACAGCCUAAGUACCACUGGCUCGGGAAGCAGGCGAUCGAGUAUUGUCGAUGGGACGGUAGGUCAAUCCGCGCAGGAUCCCAGGAAAACAAUGGUUUUUUUGAUCGGGCCUACACCGAAGUCGUCGUCUCUGGUGCAGAAGCAGCGUUCCUGGGAAACAUUUCCUCGGCCAAAAAGCAAACGCAGUGUAACGGCCAGCGAGGGGGGAGCCUCAUCUCUUAGCCAGCUGAAGAAAACGGACAGUUUCGAGGGGCACGAGGAAACCGUGAGAACACUGGUGGCGGCCGUGCAGGAAACAAGGUCACACCUGCAUCAUCGUCACGUGCAUCAUCAUCGUCAUCACCGAAAGAGCAAGACAAAUUAAAAUGACACAAGGGAAGCCACGGUGAAGGUUUCAAAGAAGCUUUCUUUCAAGAGGUAUCCAGCCCGGAUGGCCAAAGUGCGGAAGUAGAUUUUAAGUAGAAGGAAAAUUAUAUCGAAAUAAAAGUAUUUACUAGGCUGUUCUGAGUAGUUAGGCUGCGUUUGGCUAUCCGGGAAGGAAUCGAUACCCUCCAAAAUAAUGCCUAGCAUACAUCGGGGAAAGUAUUAUAGAAGGACUGUACUUUUUCGAUCGAUAACAUAUUGUUAUUGGUAGAAAAAAAAUAAUACAUCGUUACGCAAAAUGGUACUACGAGGAUUUUUUUCCAAGUAUUUUGAGCGUUUUAUUAGAGGUAUUAUAAUAAACAUAAAGGGCAUUUCGUGUGAUGUAUAUAAUACCACAGACGAAGAUGAUCUUACGAAUUAGGAAUCGUUUAUCGCUAUAAACUGCCAUUGAUUAAAGCACCUUCGACAAGUGCAUGUUUUUACUUUUACGAGACAUUGUAAAUUUUUUGAAUGUUUUAUUUCUCGGUCUGGACCAAGAAGUGUUUUCAACGUUUAUAUAAUCAUCUUGUAUAAUUGAUCGAGUAAUUUCUACUCCCAUGUAUGUCUAGUCAGAGUUGUUUCAGGGUCAACCAGCCUUCAACAUAGAGCAGUCUUCAAUUUUUUAUCGAACAGCGUUUUGAUUGCACUUUGAAGGGCCGAAGGUCAUAAUAUUGCUGCCAAUAGUCAAAUAAUACGUAAAAAAGGUAUACUUAUUACAUAUACGUAUAUAAAAGAGAAAAAAGAAAUUAAUAAACGAUACUCUUACUGUUGAUGCAAUCCUUACAUGGUGCAUAAACAUUCAGAGGCUCAAAAUAGAA